CGCGGCAUCCCGGAAGUGGGUCUCGUUGGCUGACAGCGCGCGGUGCUGCAGCAAUGGCGGCGCCCCGGGCUGGCACAGGUUGCGGCCAUUGGUUUUCGAUUCUGGCGCUCGGGGUGACUCUCCUCAAAUGUCUUCUCAUUCCCACCUACCAUUCCACGGAUUUUGAAGUACACCGAAAUUGGCUUGCUAUCACUCACAGUUUGCCAAUAUCUCAGUGGUAUUAUGAGGCAACUUCAGAGUGGACCUUGGAUUACCCACCUUUCUUUGCAUGGUUUGAGUAUGUUCUAUCACAUGUUGCCAAAUACUUUGAUCAAGAGAUGCUUAAUAUCCAUAACCUGAACUACUGCAGCUCAAGGACGCUACUUUUCCAGAGGUUUUCUGUCAUCGUUACUGAUGCUCUCUUUGUGUAUGCUGUUCAUGAGUGCUGUAAGUGCAUUGAUGGAAAAAAAGCAAGCAAAGAGCUUACAGAGAAGCCAAAGUUUAUUCUUUCCGUGUUGCUGCUGUGGAACUGUGGGUUGUUAAUUGUAGACCAUAUUCAUUUCCAGUACAAUGGUUUUUUAUUUGGACUAAUGCUGCUCUCUAUUGCACGGUUAUUUCAGAAACGGCAUAUGGAAGGAGCCGUUCUUUUUGCCAUCCUGCUACAUUUUAAGCACAUCUACCUCUAUGUAGCACCAGCCUAUGGUAUAUACCUGCUGAGAUCUUACUGUUUCACUGCAAGCAAACCAGAUGGCGCUGUUCGAUGGAACAGUUUCAGCUUUAUCCGCCUUAUUUCCCUGGCGCUGAUUGUUUUUCUAGUUUCUGCUCUUUCACUGGGCCCUUUCCUAGUCUUGAACCAGCUGCCUCAAGUGUUUUCCCGACUCUUUCCUUUCAAGAGGGGCCUCUGCCAUGCCUACUGGGCUCCAAACUUCUGGGCUUUGUACAAUGCUUUGGACAAAGUGCUGUCUGUCAUUGGUUUAGAACUGAAACUUCUUGACCCCACAGAGAUCCCUAGGGCCUCAAUGACAAGUGGUUUGGUUCAGCAGUUUGAACACACAGUCCUUCCCUCGGUGACUCCCUUGACAACCCUCAUCUGCACAAUGACGGCCAUAUUGCCCUCUGUUUUCUGUCUUUGGUUUAAACCCCAAGGGCCCAGAGGCUUUCUCCGAUGCCUGGUUCUUUGUGCUCUGAGCUCCUUCAUGUUUGGGUGGCACGUCCAUGAAAAAGCCAUUCUUCUUGCAAUUCUCCCAAUGAGCAUUUUGUCUGUGGACAAAGCCAGCGAUGCAUCUAUUUUUCUGGUUCUGACCACAACAGGACAUUACUCCCUCUUCCCUCUGCUCUUCACUGCACCAGAACUUCCCAUUAAAAUAUUCCUCAUGUUACUAUUCACUAUUUACAGUAUUUCCUCACUGAAGACACUAUUCAGAAAAGAAAAACCUCUUUUUAAUUGGAUGGAAACAUUCUAUCUCCUUGGCCUGGUGCCUAUGGAAGUCUGCUGUGAAUUUGUAUUCCCUUUUACCUCUUGGAAACUGACGUACCCCUUCAUCCCUUUGUUGCUGACCUCAGUGUAUUGUGCAGUGGGCAUCACAUAUGCCUGGUUCAGGCUGUAUGUAUCAGUGUUGACUGGCUGUCUGGUCGGCAAGACAAAGAAGCAGUGACUAGAGGAGCGAUCUGGAUGUGGGCCAAGCAGUUACUCCACAGGGUAUUGAUCAGAACUUGAAGAAAGUUGCCAGUGGCAUGAUCUAUUCAUUUCAGUAAAUCUGUUUAGAGGACCAUUCUUCCACACUUGGCCUUGCCCUGCUUAGCAACCUGAUUGUUACCAUGGUGAGAAGCUACUUGCCCUCCAUAAGCAGCAAAACAUGUCUGAGCAAACUCUUGCCUUCCUCUGUUAAAGUAGUCUGCAGUCAUUCAGACUGCUGUGCCUACCGAAGGUAAAUGGGGAUGUGAUUCACAGCAUGGUUGUCUGUAGCUGGUGCUGACUGUUCAGGAUGUAAAGCAUAAUUGGAUUCGACAUCAUAGGGAAAUAUAAAUAAAGUGCAUUUUGUAUGUA